AGGAGAGGGGGAAAGUUAUGAAAACAAGUGGAUGGGAGCAGAUUGGCUUUACCUUGGAAACAAGCAGAGAACCUUUGACUUUGACUCAGGAGGGGCGUCAGCCAAGCUGGACUAUCACAGCCAGCCUCUGGAGACUGAUGAACUAGGGGGUGGUGGACUUCCAGGCACACACCAGCCAGCCAGCCAGCCAGCCAGCCAGCCAGCACUCGCUCGCUCGCUCGUCACACACCGCGGGGGGAAGCUAUGUAAAAAGGGCUCCCAGGGAGAAAGAAUCCGUGGCGUUCACUUCAAGGGCGUUUGUCGACGCCGCAAAGGCCCGCCCAUGGGUGCCGGAGAGGACAAUCGACUUUAAAAGCAAAGCAUCGAGCGCUUGAAGAGUGGCCAAAAUUCUUCUUUUCUUUUCACCUUCCCACCGAGUGUGGUGUCGUUUGAGAAGCCAGUCAAACAGUCGUGUUUUGGGGGGCAGAAUGGACGUGGAUCUGGACAACUGGACUUUUGCGGAUGAACACUUUGACUUCAAGGAGCACGUGGACGGCUUGGGCGUCCUCGUGGCCGUCCUCUACCUCGCCGUGUGCGCGGUGGGACUCGCCGGGAACUCUCUGGUCAUGGCGGCCGUUUUGAAAGUGGACAAAAUGUCAUCGGCCACCACGGUGUAUAUUUUCAACCUGGCGCUGGCCGACGGACUCUUCAUGGUGGGGCUCCCGUUCAUCGCCAGCCAGAACUUGCUGAAGCGUUGGUGGUUCGGCGACGCGGCCUGCAAAGCCGUCAUGGUGUUGGACGGCAUCAACCAGUUCACCAGCGUCUUCUGUCUGACGGCCAUGAGCGUGGACCGUUAUAUGGCGCUGGCCGAGCCGCUGAGGUUCGCCUCCUGGAGGACGCCGCGCUGCGCCAAGGUGGUUUCGGCCUUCCUCUGGCUUUUUUCCAUCCUGACCAUCCUUCCCAUGGCGCUUCACUUCUCGGCCGACGGAGGCCAGUGCGUGCCCGACCUGCUUUCGGAAAUGUGGUGGCUGGGCGUCCUGUCUUACACCUUUGUCUUGGGUUUCGCCUUGCCCUUUGUCAUCAUGACCUCCUCCUACACGGCGUUGCUGCUCACCCUCAGGCGGCGGCGGCGCCGGCAGCGGCAACGACUCCAAUCUAGCGAGAGCCAGCGUCCGGAGCGGCAGCUCACCAGAAUGGUGGUGGCCGUGGUGGCGGUGUUUGGUGUUUGCUGGCUGCCGUUUUACACCGUCAACUUCUGCUCCACGUUUCACGCCAACCCCACCUUGGCCCGGGUCUUUGAGUUGUCGGUUUUGCUGUCGUACUCGUGGAGCUGCGCCAACCCCAUCCUCUACGCCUGCUUCUCGGACACCUUCAGGAGGCACUUCCGGGCGCUCCUGUGUUCAGCCGCCGCCGCCGCCAAGUCUUCAAGCAGCGUGCCGUGCGACACCGAGCAGCGGUAUGUGACAGGAGUGCAGGAUGUCACCAUUGUGGCAUAGAGAGAGCAAGAGGAACAGAGAUGAUUUGCUUGUUCAUUUGAUUUGUUGCCAAGUUUUAAAUGGUGUUAACAUGUCUGACCGACCGACCAGCGGUAUGAUUUCUCUCUGGAGUGGUCACCGCUACAGAUAGCACGAUGCGGCAAAACAAGAACAGAUCCGUUUUGAAAUAAACCUUCAUAUCACAAAUAGGAAUUGUAGGGCUUGGCUUACACAGCAAAAGAAUCAGCAGGAUGUACAUAUGAUUGGAAUAUUUCUAUUCACGUAUAUUUCACUACAAUUGAGCAGCAUACGUCAAACUGCGUCCCAAUUUGACUUUGAGGAAUUCCUAAGCCUUUUAUCUGUAUACCUAAUGCCUCCCUCCCUCCCUCCCUCCCUCCCUCCCUCGAGCGCCGUUGAACUUGUAUAAUAUAGACUUGCUAAAAAUUCUUCUGAUGAUUCCAUCCACCGGGGGCAGCGCUUUGGGCUACGUCUGGUGUAAUGCUGCAUUUUUGGCCCACAGCCGGUUGUGUGAACAAAUGAAUGUGACCUAGUUGCUCGACGCUAAAGCGGAGUGGACAAGUGGGACUCGUCUCGCAUACGUUCCGCACGCACGCACGUCUCAUUGGGACAAACAAAGUGACAUAUCCAUUCAUACGUUUUAGCCAAAGCAUGUAGGUCAUGAAAAGAACGAAUGAAAAGAAAUGUGCGUGGCAAUCUGUAGCAAUCCAAUGAUGAGACUGUUGUAAGAAUGUUUGCUGUGGCUAUCUGAUGAAAUUUGAUUUAGAUGUGAAGAAAUAUAUGUGGGAUAUUGAUUGCUUUUCCUGCCUGCCAUUGUGUUUUUAAAUGUUCUGUAAGUAAAGAUUGUUUCUUGUAAAGCAAA